AUGACGUCCAUUCGCGUGGUUUUAGGCUUGUCUGCAAGUUUAGAUUUAGAGGUUGAGCAAAUGGAUGUUAAAACUAUUUUUCUCCAUGGUGACUUAGAUGAAGAAAUUUAUAUGGAGCAACCAGAAGGCUUUAAAGUCAAGGGAAAAGAGAAUUAUGUUUGCAAAUUGAAGAAGAGCUUGAUUCAAGAGUUGAUGCAAGAGUUGAAUAAGUCUUUUUCUAUGAAAGACUUGGGACCAGAAAGUCUGAGUUUGUGUUUUGGAAAAGGAAAGCCUAUUCUCUAUGGUUACACUAAUUCAAAUAUGGCUAGUGAAUUUGAUAGUCAAACUGAGCUUGUUGCUGCUGUUGAAGCUUGUAAAGAAUUGCUCUAG